UAACUCAGUAUUUUCUAAUAAAUAAUCAAAAAUAAUCAAAUAAAACCCAAUUAAAAGAAAUUUACAUUAAUUAAUCAUGGAAAAUAAUCAAGAAAUUCCGAGUAGCUCAAAAAUUUCAAUAAAAUCGGAAGACUCUCUAAGAAUUGAAUCAACAAAAGCAUCUCCGGAAAUCACCAAAAAUGAUUCCGAUUCGUACGAUAGCGAUGAUUACGAUUUCUCCCAAGACAUAGAUAGCCAAAAUAUAACUGAAAAUUACGAAAAUGAACUUGAUAACGAUUUAUUAGUAGAGGAGGAAGCCCCAAAGGCCCCUCGACGACAAUCUAAAGGACGAUCUAAAAUCCCUUUACAUUUAAAGGGAUUAAUGGGUGAAGCAAACUUAAGAUUUGCACGAGGGGAUUAUGAAACGGCUAAACACAUGUGUUACGAAUUAAUCCGACAGGUCCCCUUGGCUCAUGAGCCUUAUUUAACGUUAGCAAAUUUAUGCGAAAAUGAACCGCAAAGAAGCACUCAAUAUUUAACGAUUGCGGCGCAUUUAAAUCCCAGUGAUGCUCAACAAUGGAUUCGAUUGGCUCAAAUUCAUAUUAGUACGGGUAAUUUGAGGAAAGCGGUUACUUGUUAUACGAGAGCGAUGUUGGGGAGCCCCAAUUCUGCUAACAUUGAUUUACAAUUAAAACGAUUAGAGUUAUUAGAGAAAUUAAACGAUACUAAUUACACGAGGAAAUGUAAAAUAAAAUUGAUUCAUUCGUACCCCCCAAAUCAAGUGGACGAAAUAUUAGCUUUAGCCGAAAACGUGGCUACUUCGUAUCACCAAGAUGGGGAUAACCAAAAAGCCGUUGAUUUAGUUUCGGUUGUUUUUGAAAAGUGCCCAAAAGGGAUUACGUUGGAAAUGGUCAACAUUUACCUCCAAUUAUUAUUAUUAACGAAAAAUUACGUGAAAUGUUUAGACAUUUUCGUGCAAUAUUGCAACAUUGAGAUGGAAAUUUUAAUCGGUGAAAACAAUAAAAUUGCAAUUGAAAGUUAUUCGAUACCAACAACGAUCCACAUCGAUUUAAAAAUAAAAUUCAUCAUCUGUUUGAUUCAUUUAGAGUCGUAUCAAUUUGUUUCAAAUUUAAUUAACGAGUUAUUAGUUGAGGAGGAUGUUGAUCGUAUUGGCGAUUUAUAUUUUGAUGUCGCAGAGAAUCUGAUUACGAUGAAUCAACAUGGAGAAGCUUUAAAAUUAUUAGUCCCGCUGGUAAAGAGCAAAAACUUCUCAUUAGCUGCUAUUUGGUUAAAAUACGGCGAGUGCCAGGAAGUUUGUAAAAUGCCCGAUCAAGCUAUCGAUAGUUAUUACACAGUUUUAAGAUUAGUCCCACAACACCAUGAAGUACGAUUUCCUUUAUCAGAUCUUUUAAUUGCUAAAAACAAAUUAUCGGAUGCUUUGGAUGUGUUAACGCAAGAUUAUAAUUCGGGGGAAAUCCACGUAAAAUUAUUAAUUAAAAAAAUAAACCUUUUAAAAGAAAUUGGAGAUUUUAAAGCUUACUUUAAAUCGGUGAAAAUUUUAUUAUCGCGACAUUGCGUUGAAGUUAAGAACGCAACGGAGAUUCAAAGCUUAUUUUUGGAAAGUACAUCAGAAAAAUGGACGAGAAUUAAAAGAAUUCGGGCUUUGGGAGGCGAUCAAAGUCAAAUCCCCGAAAUUAAAAGUGUUGAGGAUAUCCCAAUUAACGACGAAUACAAAUUAUUUAAGGACUGUUUAAAAGUUUGUUUAGAUAAAAAAGAGUACGCUUUAUUACAAAAAUUAUCGUAUUUAGUGCUAAAUUCAACGAAAUUUAAAAACAACAUAAAAGAACUUUUACAAAUCGCUUUGUAUUCGUGCAUCUCGAACGAUGAUUAUUUAAACGGUUACACAAUAGCGAGAUUGAUUAUGUUAAAAAAUUUAAACAGUAACGUACAUUUAAAUUUAUUAAAUUUGAUACUACAAAGAUUGGAGGAGGCGAAAUUCUCAAAGUUCGUUAUGAGACAAUCGAAAACUUUGCACAAAGAUUACGGGAAAAUCUUGGAAGCCAACAACGCUUUGUGUGCCGGCUCCUAUAAAAUAGCAAUUAUGAUUUUAAUGCCAAUUUUUAAACAACAUUUAUCACCCUAUAUCACGUUUCUGAUGGGGGUUAAUUUUUUGCAAUUGUCCCAGCAAAAGCGGAGAUCAAAAACGAAAAAUUUCACUCCGAUUGUGUACUCGUUGUUUUCGCAUUACGCAAACGAACGGAGUCAAGAUGCUUUUCACGAGAUUAAUUAUAAUUUGGGGAGGAUGUACCAAAAGUAUGGAAUUUUGCAUUUAGCCGUUUAUUAUUAUCGGUUAGUUUUGGAAUUUCAACAUCCGUUAAUUGAGGAGCACCCCGAUGUUUUAUCGUUGAGGAGAGAAGCCGCUUUUAAUCUAUUUCUAAUUUAUAAGGAUUGCAAUAAUUAUGUUGGAGCAAGAAAUUUGUUAAUAAAAUAUUUGACGGUUUGAA